AUGGAGUCUACCACAAAGAAGCCAGCAUCUAGUAGCCGGAUGCAAGAUGUCCUGCACAAAGUAGCUGGAUCUUCAUUUUAUGGAGAAAGUUAUAUUGAGUUAAAAACCGAAGAAUCGUUCUCCACAUCAUCUCUUCAACUUCGAUUCCGUACAAGCAAGCCAAAUGGACUACUCUUCCUCGCAGCUGGGAAGAAUGACUACUGCUUACUACAGCUAUACAACGGACAUGUUCAGGUAAAAAUGAAGCUUGGGAAAAAUGAACACAUCAUCCUCCUUGACCAGACACCUCGACUCGAUGACUUGGAAUGGCACUUCAUUACAUUAAAUCAUAAAAAUGCUGAUGUUGUUCUUAAUGUUGAUACAAAUUACAAAUCAAGUAUAAAAAUUUCUGGAGGAUCUUAUAAAAUCAAUGUUCAACAUGGACUUUAUGUUGGUGGUAUUGGUGACCUCAAUGCCCCAUACAAAAAUCAAGUUCAUGGUUACUUCAGAGGAUGCUUGGAUGAUGUUGUAUUCAAUGAGCAUAAAUUACUUUCCUCUCUGAGACCAUACCCUGGUUUGAAAAGUGUCUAUGAAGUAUCCCUCGGUUGCAGCGAUGAGUUCUUAAUCACUGAAGAUGACCCUAUCAAUUUUUUCAGCUCCAAGUCAUACAUAGCUUUUCCCUCUUGGAAUGUUGGUGAAGGAGGAAUCUGGGAAUGCUUACUGCAGACCUCCAUUGGAAGAGGGUUACUGCUUUAUCAUACAGGAAAAAAUGGGUAUUUUGUUUCAUUGGAAGUUCAAGACUGGAUAGUAAAAGCUCGUAUAGGAAAAGGGAAAAAUGCAGUCCACCUUUCCUCUAUCAAAACCAUUACAGAGAACAAGUGGCAUUCACUUAAACUUAAGAUCACAGAGAACCAUCUGCAUCUGACAGUAGACCAAGAAUCUGCAAAGGCAUUGCUUGCUUCUCCCUUAAACACUAAUCAGUUGAAUGGAUCAUUGUAUGUUGGUGGUGUAGAUGAUGCUUCACGUCCUCAUAUAAUUAGCUUAGGUCUACCUGCAGUUUCUGGCAAGCAUGCAAAAGGUGGUUCAUUUAAAGGCUGCAUGAAAAACAUAAGAAUAAAUUCUGUGAAGUAUGGACUGAAACAUGUGCUGUCUAGUAAAGAUAUCUCUCCUGGCUGCAAAACUGAAAUAAUGCAAGUCUUGGAAACCAAAACCGUAUCUAUUACAACUGUUGCUCCAACUACCAGUUUAGUUACUACUCCUUCUGUGGCCAAACAUAAUGUUAAAGACCGAUUCCUCAUUUUGAAUAAUUUAAUCGUACAGGAGGGAGGAAGAGCUGCUCUACUGUCUAAACAUAUCAAACUCCAACUGGAUUUUAAAAAGCUGGGGCUCCGUCAGUCUCAAAUUGUAUUUCGUAUAGUGGAACAUCCACUGCAUGGACAGCUCAAAAUGGACAUCCCAUCCCAACAAGAGAAGGAUAUGUUCACAAUGUUAGAUUUAUGGCAUGGGCGAAUUACCUAUAUUCAUGAUAGUUCUGAGGGGACAGGGGAUCAUUUUAGUUUUUCUAUUUCCACUACAAGCAAGAAUGAAAUGCCCUCAUACUUGCAAGGUUCAGAACUAUAUAUUUCCAAUAUUACUGUCACCCCAGUAAACGAUGCUCCUGAACUCAUCCUUCCAGAAGGCAAUCUUUUUGUGUUACUGGAAUACUCAAAGAAGCCCCUCACCGCUAAUCUUCUUAAAAUUAUAGAUGUAGAUACAGAGCCACAGAACUUAACGUUAGUGGUUCUUGGUAACCUCAACCUAGAUGCUGGAUUUUUAGAAAACGUGAAAAAUCCUGGAAAUGCAGUUACCACAUUUUCUUAUUUUGAUUUGCUUGAAGGGAAUGUAUUUUAUGUUCAUCGUGGGGUGAAGAACUCUAGAUUAGUGCUGAGAGUAGUUGAUGGAGACAAGGUGAGUAAUACAAUAGUACUCAGAAUUUUAGCUGUUCCUCUUGAAUUUAAUGUAGUGAACAACACUGGCAUUGAAGUAAUGCAAGGUGAAAGUUCUUUAAUACAGACCAGCAAAUUAGCGGUGGAAAUAAAUGCUGUGAAUCAAGAGAUUGAAAUUAGAUAUGAAAUAACUGAAAUGCCAAAGUUUGGUGAAAUCCAAAGAAAAAGUUCUGGAAAUGAGUGGAAGGUCGCGGUCUCAUUUACCCAACGUUCUCUUGAACGUGAGCGAAUAAGAUAUCUUAGCACCUAUAAAGAAGUACAAGAAACCAAUGUGGUUGAAUACUUUAAAUGUAAAGUCAACAUUGGAAAUAAAUCAAGUGAAGAAUUUACAUUUCCUAUUCGUGUUUCAUGGAUUAAUUUUACAUUAGUCAGAAAUACCCCUUUAAAAAUUGAGAGUACCAAAAAGGCAUCUCUUAGUACAGAAAACCUAUAUGUUAUUCUACAUGGGAUAACAAUACCAGAAAAAGACAUUUGUUUUAAAGUAUUGUCCCUGCCAAAAAAAGGAAAUUUGCUGGUUAAUAAUAAGAUUUUAAAGAAAAAUGCAAAAUUCUCCCAGGUAGAUAUCACAAAUGGAAAAUUGGAAUAUGAACUGUUUGAUCGACCUAAUCAAGACUCCCAGGAUUUGUUUAGUUUUGCAUUAUUCACGAAACAUGCAGAGUCAAAACCUCAUAAUUUUAUAAUUCUCCUGAAAGCUGACAUGAACGCAAUUAUUGUCACUAACACAGGUUUGACUUUACCAGAAGGGGAUGCAAAACUCAUAACCAGACAGCUGCUUUUUGUGCAAACUUUGAAUAAUAAAACCUUCAACUACAAGAUUUCGAAAAGCCCCCAACAUGGCAGUCUCAAAUUAAUGAAUUUUUCAGACUCCCAACUGAGCAACAGUAACAUCACAGAAUUUUCAAGCCAAGAUAUUGUAGGUGAACGUUUAAUGUAUGUCCACGAUGAUUCUGAAACAACGUUUGAUACAUUUACACUCAUAGCAUCUUCUGUAGAGUCUGAUGAGAGAAUUGUUGAUGAAGAUGCAGUUUCUUUGCAGGCAGAAAUUGUCUUUAAUAUAUCCAUAGAACUGAAAAAUGAUGAAAAACCUGUCCGUGUGGUUGAUAAACUCUUUCACGUUGUUCGGAAUGGACAGAGGCUAGUCACAUUGGAUGAUUUGCGUUACCAUGACCCUGAUACAGAUUUUGAUGACAAAGAGUUAUUAUAUACAAGACGUGGUAUUCCCAAUGGAGACUUGGUAUCCGCUGAUGAUUCUUCUAAAAAACUUUACGAGUUUACCCAAGAGAACUUGGAAAAAAAACAAGUCCUUUACAUACACCAUGGAAGUGAUUAUGGGCGUUUUGUCUUGUUUAUUACUGAUAAAAAACAUUACACCUCAUCACUACUAGAAGUUAGUGCAUCAGAACCAUUCAUUAAAGUAGUAAACAAUACUGGUCUACUGGUGCAGAAGGGGAAGGAGAUUAUAUUGACAACAUCUAACUUCAGUUGUGUGACAAACCUUUACAUUUCAGGAGAUGAAGAGAUUGUAUAUCAUGUAAUUUUGCCACCAAAAUAUGGACAGAUUCGUGUACAGAAUCGUUCAGCCAAUUCUUUUAAUCAUCAAGACCUAAAGUUGGGUCAAGUAGUUUAUAAACAUGAUGACCGCAAUAAUCUAAUGGACACUUUUAAUUUGACAGUAAAAGUCAAGUCUAUAGUUCUGAAUGUUGAGAUUAAAGUUCGUGUGUAUUUAGAAAGCCAUCAAAGAUUGCCAAAAGUUUUGCACCUGAACGGUCUUCUAGUAGAAGAAGGAAAGCCAGUUAAAAUUGACAAAGAACAUUUGCAGGUUAUCCAUGAAUAUAACUCACCCAAUGAAAUAGUUUUCACAGUAGUAACAAGCCCAUUACAUGGUUACAUACGCAAAUUUGAACCUACGGAAGGACACUUGGCUACGGAAUCCAGUUCUCUAGUGACAUUUACACAAAAGGAUGUUAACAUGGGAAAUGUUCAGUAUGUACAAGCAGGCUUUGGUCAGCUUCAUGAUAACUUUACAAUGGAUGUUACCAAUGGAGUACGAGAGAUCACUGGAAUUACAUUGUUUAUCGAUAUCAUUCCUACCUUGAUCCCUCUGGAGGUUCAAAAUAUAACUGUGAAGGAAGGGGCAUCAAAGGUCCUAACACUGGAACAAUUAAGAAUCCCCAGCAAGCAUUUUGCAGGUCUCGUUUGUGAUUUUGUCUUGAUAGAUUUUCCAAAGAAUGGUUUUGUGGAAAACACAAGAUAUCCUGGAAUAAAGCUCUCACGUUUUACUACAAAACAGGCGGAGCAGGAGCUGAUCUACUACACCCAUGAUGACAGUGAAACUUCCUUCGAUAAUUUUUCCAUAAUAGUCAAAAACACUGAACUUGCCAAGCAAAGUCUGCCGCAAACAAUUUAUGUAACAGUGACCCCAGUAAACGAUGAGCUUCCAGUUAUUACAACUAACAGGAUAUUUCGGGUGUGGGUUGGCUCGGUCACAGAAGUUACUUCCGAGGACCUAUCUGCUGAGGAUAAGGACUCUCCUCCAGCAGAUCUUGCGUAUUCCAUUACUCCACCAAACAAUGGCUACCUGGCACUAAAAUCUGAUCCCAACAAAAGUAUACUCAAUUUCACCCAGGAACACAUAAAUGAAGGUCAUCUUGUAUUUGUACAUAGUGGAGCAAUGUCGGGGGGGUUUAACUUCCAGGUCACAGAUGGUUUGAAUUUUGCACCACGGCAAAUCUUUAGUAUCACCGCAAGGACCCUUGUCAUAAACAUAGAAGUUAACAAAGGAUUGGGAGUAUUUCCAGGAACCAAGAAGGGUAUUUCUUCUGAUGUAUUAAAAGCAGUAACUAAUGAUGAAGAUAAUAUGAGGAACAGGACAGUAACAUUUACUGUUGUCAGUCCACCAAAACAUGGACAAAUUGUAAAGUUAACCACACCGAACAGAACUGAGGAAGUCUCUAGUUUCACACAAGAAAUGGUCAAUGAUGGGUUAAUAUUGUAUGAUCAUACAGAUAGAGAAUCUGUGGUCUGGAGUACACAGGAUUCGUUUUCAUUCACCGUUUCUGCUCCCCCAGCUGUCCUGAUUUCCCAAGUAUUCCUUAUCACAGUAUCUUAUGAUAUUAGUGAUCCUAAGAGAUCGACACAACUUGUAGCCAAUACAGGUGCUACUGUUGAGGAAGGUGGAAAAAGUCUAAUAACUAAGUCAAUGUUGGAUGCUUCAAAUCUUUUGGUCAAGCUUCCAGAAUCACAACGCCCCUCCUACGAAGUUUGGUACCAGGUGAUAUUAAUGCCCAGCCACGGAGUAAUUAUAGUCGGAGAUCGGAAUAUUACAAAAGAAAAACCCAACUUUUCACAGUACAUUAUCAACAAAUUUGGAAUUACAUAUCUACAUGAUGGCUCAGAGUCUCUCAGUGAUAAUUUUACAUUUGCCACCUGGCUUAACUUAAAAAGCAAAUCAGCGGUGAAGCCAGAGGCUGGCGUAGUGGAAGAGAUGUUUAACAUCACUGUCAUAGGUGUAAAUGACCAAGCUCCAGAGCUGAAGACAAAAAGACCAUAUUUGAAAGUCUUGCAAGGGAAAAAGAUCGCCAUUUCCUCUAACAAUCUAAACGUUGAAGAUCUAGAUAACCCUCCAGCAGAUAUAAAAUACACCAUUAUAAGUCCUCCUAAUAAUGGUUUCUUGGCAAAACGAGAAAAUUUUAAUGUUUCUGUUCAGCAUUUUACACAAGCAGAUAUUAAUAAUGACAAUCUUUGGUUUGUGCAAGAUGGAAGCUCUUCUUCUGGACUUUUUUAUUUUAGUGUGACUGAUGGAAAGCACAAACCUUUGUAUAAGCUGUUUAAUCUGGAAGUCACUCCUGUUUCGAUCACCUUAGUUAACAAAACAAAUCUUGCCAUUCCUCAAGGACAAACCUUGGUUAACAUUACUAAUGCUCAUUUGGCAGCAGUAACAGAUGGAAAGAGCACUGUUAUAAGCUAUGAAGUGGUACAGCCGUCUCUCUUUGGCAAGCUAAUCAUAGACGGUAUAGCUGUGACCAAGUUUGACCAGAACAACAUAGACCUGGGUGAAAUAACUUACGAAGUUGGGCACCUUAAUGCAUCUUAUGAUAGUUUUGAGAUUGUUGUCUUCACAUCUGAAAGCAACCUCACAGGUCAGGUGGUUAAUAUCACAGUGGAACCUCUCUUGAAUGUGGGAUCGGAGAUAAAGAUAGCAGCAGGUACAGUUUACACAUUAAAGAAAAAAGACCUAGACGCAACUGAAUUGGCAAAUAUUACAAGUAGUGAUCCAGAAUUCCAUCUGCUUGAAUCUCCGACAUAUGCUAGACUUGUACAAAGAAAACAUCCCCAAAAGCACGUACUGGAGGUUAUUGAUAUGUUUACUCAAAAUGACAUUGAUACAGGUUGUGUACAAUUGGAUGUAAUUGCCAAUGUUACAGAUGUUGAAAUGCUAAAUGACUCUUUUGCUUUCUUACUCAAGGCCAAAAAUGUGCCACCUGCAAUAGGAUACUUCCACUACUCAGUGGUUCCUUAUGAUUCCCUCUUUGUGACAACAGAAGCAUCUAUAUCAACGAGCAAAUCUCAAUCAUUGCUUACCUCUGUUGCCAGUGAAAAAAAUACACUGAAUUACUGGCAAAAUACUACAACUGCAAAUGCACCCAUAAAGGUGGUACAGCGGCUUGGGAAUCGCAAUCGAUGGGGAAGCCUGAAGGAUGAAGACAAUCUUUUCUAUGACACAGACACAGUAACCACUAGUUCCUCCAGAAGAGUGACUGUGGCUACCAUAAAAUCUGUUGCCAUAAGCCCUAAAUCAGAGCCAAGUCAAGGCAGCAAUACACUUUCCAUAAUUAUUCCACUUGUGAUAUUUGCUAUUUUGCUACUGGCUGCCAUUUUCUUUGUUUGGUUUUGGCUUCUAAAACGUAAGACAAAAAAGACUAAGCCACAUGUCAGAAGCCAUUCAUAUAGCAUUGUGCCUCAGGUCCCGAGCCCACACACUGAACGAAGUACAACAGUGCCAACUGUCACAGUAACCCCUCUACAGAAAAGCACGGAUUACAUCUCUGUGAGCCCAGUAUUGUCCACUAGGCAUGACCAUUCGCCUACUAAAUAUGACCCAUCUCUUACCAUAAAUGCUCAACAGAACUCCUGGCUACUAAUGGAUCCUGAAAUGAUUCAACACUGUAGAGCAACAAAUCCUACCCUGAAAACUAAUCAAUAUUGGGUAUAGAGAACAAGCCAGCUCAAGACAUUUUUUUGUAAGCCCUUGGAUGUAUUCUAUAAAUGUUUUCAUUUUUAUGUUUACUAAAAGCGCGAUUAUAUUUAUUUUAUUGUCAUUUAUCUCUUGUGUUUUUUAUAGAGUAAGCAGUGUUUCCUGCUUUAACAAUUAAACAGUUGAUCUAUAAUCAAUGGGCUACUUCUGCUGAAUCUGAACUACUGUAGUAGUUGUUAUAUAUCAAUGUGUAAUUAUUAUAUUUUAUUUAUAGUUAAAUAUAUUGCAAGCGUCAUCUCUGAUUCCCAAAUUAGAUUUAUCACUGUUACCUAGAAAUACAGUGGAACAAAAUGUGUCGUGGCUUUAGAUCUAUAAAUAUAAAUACAUACCUUAGUUUUAUUUAUUUAUUUUUUGUGUAUGUAUUCAAUAUCUAUGUAUAUCGCCGUUAAUAUCACAUAAAUAACCCCGUUGUUUAUUAUAUGUGGAACAGAUACUGUACUGUUGACAAACAACAGUUUGAAUGAUAUACAGUAGAGGCGGUUCACUUGCUGAAGUUAAGUGUUAAAAUGGCUAAAGAAAAAUAUUGUUUCUUUUUAUGUGUGUGUAUGUUUGUGUGUGUGUUCGCCAUAAACAUAUAGUUAAUCAAAGUAAAUGUUUCUGUAUAUAACAGUUGUUAAAUUUAUUUUACAUAUAAUAUAAUAUUGCAUACACAGGUUAUUUUACUUGAUAGUUCUAUACAUGUUUUCAUGUUACUUUCCAUGCAAUAUAUUUAAAUAUAUAUUUUAUAUUGUAGUAAAAGUAGUAAACCAAUACACAUUGAAAAGCUCAUUUGUUACUUUGUUGCCACAUUUGUAAAUAAAAAAAAUUACCU